UUACUUUUCUCAUUUGAUCACUCACUGCAUCAAACAAUGCCUGGAGAGAAGAUUCUGUUAGCUGGUGGUGGGACAUCAAAGAGCUGGAAACUACUCUUGGCGCUGAGAAUACUUGCAUUCAUUGCUACUUUAGCUGCAGCCAUUGUAAUGGGUUUGAACAAAGAGACAAAGACCUUGGUUGUAGCCACCAUUGGUACUAUUCCUAUCAAAGCCACUUUGACAGCUAAGUUUCAGGACACACCUGCGUUCGUGUUCUUUGUUAUAGCUAAUGCAAUGGUGAGCUUCCACAACUUGUUGAUGAUUGCUCUUCAGAUUUUCAGCCGUAAACUGGAACACAAAGGUUUCCGUCUCCUCUCCGUAGCUAUUCUUGACAUGCUAAACUCAACUCUGGUAGCUGCGGCUGCGAACGCGGCGGUGUUCAUAGCGGAGCUUGGGAAGAACGGGAACAAGCACGCCAAGUGGAACAAAGUCUGCGACAGGUUUACCACUUACUGCGAUCACGGCAGGGGAGCACUCAUUGCCGCUUUCGCCGGAGUCAUUCUUAUGCUCCUCGUCUCCUCCGUCUCCAUUUCCCGCCUAUCAAUCAACUCUAAGAAAUCCUCCACCGCCGCGGCUGUUGCAUCUCCGUAGUAACUGGCAGUCAAAAGUUGAACAGUGUGUAUGUAUGUAUACUUAUGUAAGCGUGUGUGUUGUCUCUCAAGUAACUAUCAUGUUGUCUAUUGCACUGCUCUGUUUUGUCACUUUAAUAUAGAGACGACACUUCAUUUCUCUCCUUUUAUUACAUUCUAGUAUCAUCAAUUUGGC